GACGUACCUCAACAAGGGUGGCAUUUUGUGCAAUGCGGCAAAGCGAGGCCAUCUUUCCCCUUCACUUCUCAGCCACAACCUCCCCUCGAGACCCAUGACGUCUGAAAACGACAAGGCUCUCAGCCAUGCCGAGUACUGGGACGAGUACUAUUCCAAGUCCGAUGGCGCGGCGCCGACGCACGAAUGGUUUCGCUCCUUUGGCGAUCUGGAGCAAUUUUUCCAGACCAACUUUUUCGACGCCGACGGGCUGACGCCCAGCGACAACCCCCUCAUUCUCAACCUUGGCUCUGGAGACAGUGUCAUUCCGGUUGAACUCGCGUCCCGGGGCUAUCAACGCCAGCUCUGCGUCGACUUCUCCCCCACCGUCGUCGAUCUCAUGACCAAGCGCCAUGCCGAAUUCGAAGGGAUAGAAUGGAAGCUCAUGGACGUACGCGACAUGGCCGUCGUGGCCGACGGAUCCAUCGAUGUUGCCUUUGACAAAGGGACACUGGAUGCCAUGAUCUAUGGGAGUCCUUGGGACCCCCCACAAAUGGUCAAGGAUAAUACGAGCGCAUACCUCAAGGAAGUUCACAGGGUACUCAGAGACGGCGGCGUGUUUUUGUAUGUCACGUUUCGACAACCACAUUUUAUGAAACCGCUCUUGAAUCCCAUGGUGGAACGGGGCAUGGAUAUGGACAUGCAAGUCCUUGGCGGUGCCGGCGCCUUUGAAUACUACGGAUACAAGAUUCAAAAGGUAGGGACUAAAUAAAUGCAGGGCCACUGUGAGGACCUUGUCCAACCUUGGAAUGGAGGUGUCUGCGCGCAUGAGUCAAAUAGAGGCUGGGCGCCGACUGGUGCGCAAUGCUUUCCUGAGGACCACGGCUACCCAGGGCAGUCUCGUAGGUCAUGCCGUCGAUUGUUGCGUGGACAAUGCCUCGGUGAAGCGCAAAGCUUGGGUACAGGCGUCUGCGUUACUUCACACGUCCGCGAUAAGAUAAGAGACAGAUAAGAUCGAUAAGCAAUUAUGGGGCCAGCAUGCGGGACGCCGUUCCCUGUGACCUCACGACU